CCGGGUUUACACACUGAUUUACUUAGUUCUCGCAAGAUGAAGUUCGCUAUACAUCUAAAGGAUAACAGGAAGGUAAAGAACAAGAAACGAUGGAGUCAAAUCAUGUAUAUGUCUUAUGUGCUUGAUUACCUUGUCAAACACAACCUGGAUUCCUCUGGAAGUAACGAAGUCGACGACUAUAACGCUUUUAUACUGACCACCGACGCCGACGUUGAUUUCACGCCUACCUCUGUCGAUGCCCUUUUGGAUCUGAUGAUAUGUGACAACACGGUUGGCGCUGUAUGCGCACGCACUCAUCCCGUAGGAUUCGGCCCUUUAGUCUGGUACCAGAAGUUCGAAUACGCCAUUGGACAUUGGUUUCAGAAGGCAGCUGAACAUGUUUUGGGAACAGUAUUGUGUGCGCCAGGAUGUUUCAGUGUGUACAGAGUCAGAUCAAUCAGGGAUAUUGUGACCACGUACGCUUCAGAGGUGGAGAAAGCCUUCGAAUUCCUUACCAAAGAUAUGGGAGAAGACAGGUGGUUCUGUACUCUCCUUGUCCAGAGUGGGUGGAGGAUCGAGUAUUGUGCUACGGCAGAGAAUUGGACGCACUGCCCUGAGGAAUUUGAGGAAUUUUACAAACAGAGGAGAAGGUGGAUCGCUUCAACCAUUGCUAAUCUGAUGCUUCUAGUUCAGGAGUGGAAGAAAAUAAGCAUGUUUAACUACCGAGUGUCGCUACCAUUCCUCAUCUAUCAGGCCCUGCUUCUGUUGUCCACGCUGAUCAGCCCAAGUGUCAUCAUCUUGAUUGUAUCAGGAGGGUUGUACUACGCUUGGAACCUUGACGGGAUGUCUACUAUCGUAUUACAGUGUUUGCUAUGUGUUGGCUAUGCAAUGCUCUGUCUCUACUUCUCCGACAACACGCAAUUACAGAUAGCAAAGUUGCUGACGUUUUUGUACGCAUGCGUCAUGAUGGCAGUGGCUGUGGGAACGGCGCAACAGGUGGUGAAGGAUUUAGAAAACCACUUCCAUGGCGGAAAGAUGGAUGCGUCUGACAUCAGCGCUGACAUACAGAUAUCCAUGACCAGUCUGUACUUGGGCAGUUUGAUACUAUUCUUUAUGAUCGCGGGACUUCUCCACCCGCGAGAUUUCAUGUGCCUCCUCCACGGCUUCUGGUACCUUAUGUGUCUCCCAUCUGGUUACCUCAUCCUCAAUAUCUACAGUGUGUGUAAUAUCACAGAUAGAACCUGGGGUACACGUGAGGAAAAAGAAAUUCAUUCCUUUGGUGAUGUCAGGUCAUGGUAUGACACAUUUGGAGAGAAAAUGAAAACGAUUUUUUUUUGUUGCAAAAAAGAGGAACCAUCUCCUAAUAACGAUGCUAAUUCGACAUCAAAUUCACAUCGACAUCGGGACACGUCAUUGUCUGAAACCAGCGACAACUCCAACUUCAGGGAAUUGGUCAUUGCUGAAUCCAAGGAAGAAAAGAGAACAACAAAGAACGUUGUUAGCUCAAGUGAUCGGGAGGCGAAGGAACAGGAACCCCAUCUUCUACCAGAACCCAUUCCCAUGACAGUGGACCAGUGGCUCGACAAUGACUUCAAAGAUGAGUAUGGACCCUUGUUUAAAAAACAUGGAUUCGACAAUACACUGUACAUCAGCGGGAUGAAUGAGAAGGAUUUGAAAAACAUCGGCAUCAGAAAGAAAGCACACAUGACUUUUUUGCUUGAGAUAAUACGGAACCUCCCAGACUUCCGUAUUGAGGUCAAAGUUCCGAACAACGUGCAAGACUGGCUGCAUGAUAUUGGUCUUGAACAGUACUUCGACAGAUUUGAAAACAACAAAAUAAUCACUGCAAAAGACUUGGAGGUUUUGAAAUCUUUCUCUCGAAGAGAAAUCGAAACAGAAUUAAAGAUAACAAAAGCAGGUCACAUCGCGCGACUUUUGAUGGCAAUUAAACAUCUUCGAAAUCCAACGACAGAGGAGCUCAAAAGAAUCGAAGUGAAGCGAGACAUGAAUUCAAUAGCAUUCUUUGAGAUUUCUAUCAUAAACCCUGAGGAGAAUGCCUUCUGGGCAACACUUCGAGAAACAUGCCUACAACCCGGCUCAGCUGCUUUUGGGCACACAGAAGAACUCAUGGAUAAACUUGGAGAGCUGAGGAACAAUUUCCUAAUGACCCUUGCUGUCUCCAAUAUGUUAUGGUUGAUUCUCCUCGCAACAUUGGCUACGAAACUUGAGUUGAAGAUGUACGGAACUGAUCCAAUAGGAUUGCUGUUUCUCAGUAUCUUCGAAUCCCUUUUUGUUAUCCAAUUUAUCGGCAUGGUAGUACAUCGCGCUAUCACAUUGGGCCACUUUUGUGCACGCGCACCUUACAAGUUUGGACAGUCGUACUAUCGGUUGAGUGCAUGGAAACUUCGGGACAUUAAGGUAGAUCUGUCAAUGAAUGAUAUCAAAGCCGCCCAUAAAAGAGCUAUAAGCUUUGCCAAGGAGAAAAAUGUGAAAAUCAAGACAAUUUUCAGUUCACCUUUGAAUUUUUUUAAAAGAAAAAGACAAACGACAAAAUCGCAAGAAGAUAUGCUAAGCCUUCUUGAAAAUAGCUAAACGUUUCUAUUUAAAUGUUAAACAUCUCCAAAUACAUACGUAUGUCCCGUUACUAUGUACUGUCAGAAUUUAAUAACCACUUAUGUUUAUGCAUGGUUUCCACUUUGAUUGAUUGAAUUCGAUUGAGAUAAACGUCCGCUAGUUUUUGGUAUUUUCAGAUACAGCUAUAUUACUAGACCUAUAAUUCGUUCUUUUUGCUUUAUAUUCAAACGGAUAAUGCUACAGUACAGUACUACGUGUAUAUAGCAUGCAUACAGUAUGAUUUAACGGGUACGUAACUAACAGUGUAUUACUGGUAUAUAGCAUAUAAACAGUGUAUUACUGGUAUAUAGAUACAAACAGUAUAUUACUGGUAUAUAGCAUAC